AUGAAGGCUAUACUUCAACGAGUCCUGUCUGCUUCUGUAACAGUAGACAAGCAGCUGAUAUCUUCUAUUGGGAAAGGCAUAUUAGUAUUUGCUGCUGUGGCUCCUGGUGAUACAGAGAAAGAUGCAGAAUCAUUAGCAGCAAAAGUCCUCAAGAUGCGAUUAUGGGAUGAUGAGAAUGGUGGUCGGUGGAAACACAAUGUACAAGAUAUUCAGGGUGAAGUUCUCUGUGUCUCACAAUUUACAUUGCUUGCCUCAACGAAGAAAGGAUCAAAGCCAGAUUUUCAUGGAGCAAUGGGAGGGGACCAGGCAAAGGAACUAUAUCAACUAUUCUUUUUAAAGGUCCAACAAGGCUAUACUUCAGAAAGAGUCAAAGAUGGUGUAUUUCAGGCAAUGAUGGAAGUGGCUCUGGUGAAUGAUGGCCCGCUUCCUUCGUUUUGCAGACAAUACCACAAUACCACAAUCUUAUAUUCCAAUUCAGUCCUACGUUCCUCUUUCUCCCUCGCCCAUACAUAUAUCCUCAAAAACAAAAUGUCUGCUACAGAAUCCAAACCCCGCAGUCGAGUCUUUUUCGACAUUUCCAUCGGGAAGGACCCCCAAGGCCGAAUUACUUUUGAAUUGUACGAUGAUAUUACUCCCAAGACGGCAGACAACUUCCGAGCUCUCUGCACUGGUGAGAAGGGUGUUGGCAAAUCCGGCAAGCCUCUCUCUUACAAGGGUUCUGGUUUCCAUCGUGUGAUCAAGCAAUUCAUGAUUCAAGGUGGUGAUUUCACAGCUGGCAAUGGAACCGGUGGAGAAAGUAUCUACGGUGUCAAAUUCGACGAUGAGAACUUUGUAGAGAAGCAUGAGAAGCCUUUCUUACUGUCAAUGGCCAAUGCUGGUCCAGGUACCAAUGGAAGUCAAUUCUUCAUCACAACUGUACCAACACCCCAUCUCGAUGGCAAGCACGUUGUCUUCGGCCAAGUCCUCAGCGGAAAAUCGAUCAUCCGCAAGGUUGAGAAUAUGCCCACACAAGGUGGUGACAAACCGCAAAAGGACGUCACCAUCACUGACUGUGGAGAGCUUACCGGCGAUGAAGCUGAUUCUGCCGACGUAAAGAUACCUGAUUCUACGGGCGACACUUAUGAAGAAAUUCCCUACGAAAAAGACUUCCCAGAAGAUAUGACCACCCCUCCAACCGCCGAUGAAACCGUCAAAAUCGCAACCGAACUCAAGACCUACGGAAACUCUGCCUUCAAAGCCAACAGACUACCUCUCGCCCUAGACAAAUACGAGAAGGGCCUCCGCUACCUCAACGAAGACCCAGACCUAACCUCUUCUCCCCCGGAAACUUCCUCCAAACUUUCUGCCCUCCGCUUUACCCUAAACAGCAACUCCGCCCUUCUUCACAACAAACUCAAGAACUUUUCCGAGGGAGAACGAACCGCGAGCGCCGCUCUCGCAGUCUCCGGUACAACUGAUACAGACAGAGCUAAGGCUCUUUACCGUCGCGCAAUCGCAUACGUAGGUCUCAAGAAUGAAGAGGAUGCGUUGAAGGAUUUGCAGGAGGCGAAUAAGUUGGUUCCAAAUGAUGCGGCUGUGGUUAAGGAACUAUCGGCUGUGAAGAAGAAUGCGGCAGAGAGGGCGAAGAAGGAAAGGGCUGCUUAUAGCAAGGCCUUUGCUUAA